UUUUAUUUUGAGGCAGAAAAUUAUCCAUGUCUCCAUUUACUAUCCUUCUCUCCCCUCACCAAGCUCUUGGAGUUGCCAUGUGAGUGUAGCAGGAGCAGAAGCAGCAACUUCCAAAAAAUACUUUCUGUCUCCUCGCCAUCAAUGAAGCUUCAAGCUCAGCGAGGCGUUGACUACACUCCACGGCUUCUCCACCACUCCACCGCCGAACCUCGCCGUCAUUUCUCGCCGGAAAUUUCUCGAUUACCGGCGAAAAUUCGUGUUACUCGGCGAGUUUCAACCUCCAAAUGCCGCCUAUCCAUCCAAAAUUCUGGCGGAAAUAACGAAGAUUCCGGCGAAGUUAGCCGCGGAAGAAGAGGCAUUGUUUUCACCCCAUUUUUAGCCGUCGGAGCUAGUUUCCUUCGAUCGGCGGUUGUUAAGGCGGAUGAGAAGCUUCCGGAAACGCCGGUUAUUCCUCCGCCUCCGGAAAAGAAGGAGGAGGAGAUAACGUCGAGGAUUUACGAUGCGACGGCGAUAGGAGAGCCGUUGGCGGUGGGGAAGGAUAAGAGUAAGGUGUGGGAGAAGGUGAUGAAUGCGAGAAUUGUGUAUUUAGGCGAGGCGGAGCAAGUUCCGAUAGGCGGCGAUAAGGAGUUGGAGGUGGAGAUUGUGAAGAAUUUGAGGAAGAGAUGUAUUGAGAGUAACCGGACGAUUUCUUUGGCUCUUGAAGCUUUUCCUUGUGAUCUGCAGGAGCAGCUCAAUCAGUUUAUGGAUAGAAGGAUAGAUGGGGACACCUUGAGGUCUUAUACGGCACACUGGCCACCUGAGCGAUGGCAGGAAUAUGAACCUCUUUUAGGUUACUGCCGUGAUAAUGAAGUUCGCCUGGUUGCUUGUGGUGCUCCACUUGAGGUAAUGAGGACUGUCCAAGCUGAAGGCAUUGGUGGACUUUCAGUUGCUGAUCGUAAAAAAUACACUCCUCCGGCUGGUUCGGGAUUUACAUCAGGCUUUAAUGCCUUUUCACGCAAAUCAAAAGAGCUGACCUCUUUAAAUGAGGCAUUAACUUAUGGACCGAGCUCAUAUCUCACAGUACAAGCUAGGGCUGUUGAGGAUUAUACUGUGGCUCAGGUCAUUCUGCAAGCAGUGUCAGACGGAGGAGCUUCUGGGUUGCUUGUUGUUAUCACAGGUGCAAGUCAUGUCAUAUAUGGACCUCGAGGCACAGGGAUUCCAGCAAGAAUUUCAAAGAAGAUGCAAAAGAAGAACCAAGUGGUUAUGCUACUCAACCCAGAAAGGCAAUCUAUAAGAAGAGAAGGAGAAGUUCCUGUGGCUGAUUUCUUAUUGUACUCUGCUGCUAGACCUUGCAGUAGAAAUUGUUUUGAUCGCGCUGAAAUUGCACGUGUAAUGAAUGCUGCUGGCAGGAGAAGAGAUGCGCUUCCUCAGGACCUUCAGGAAGGACUUGAUCUUGGUCUUGUCUCUCCAGAGGUGCUACAAAACUUCUUUGAUUUGGAGCAGUAUCCCAUUAUAUCGGAACUUACUCAUCGGUUCCAGGGUUUCAGAGAAAGGUUAUUAGCAGAUCCAAAAUUUUUAAACAAAUUAGCCAUUGAAGAAACUAUAUCGAUGACGACGACUCUGUUCGCACAGUAUGAGAAACGCAAAGAAAAUUUCUUCCUGGAACUUGACUACGUCAUUACUGACUCGCUCAGGGGAGCUGUAGUUGAUUUCUUUACUGUGUGGCUUCCAGCCCCAACUCUUUCUUUCUUAUCUUUUAGUGAUGAGAUGGGUACAUCUAACAGUAUGGAUUCUUUAAAAGGUUUGCUGGGAUCCAUCCCAGACAACGCUUUCCAAAAGAGUCCUGUUGGGAGAAACUGGAACCUGAAUCACCGGCUUGCUUCAGUGCUUGUCGGCGGUCUGAAACUUGCUGGAGUUGGAUUUGUUUCUAGCAUUGGAGCUGUUGCUUCUUCAAAUAUCUUAUAUGCAGCACGUAAAUACCUCAAUCCAUCUCUGGACACAAAUCAGGCGGUAAAAAGAUCACCGAUUCUAAAAACUGCUGUUGUCUAUAGUAGCUUUCUUGGAACAUCAGCAAACCUCCGAUAUCAGAUUAUUGCUGGUGUAAUUGAGCAUCGAAUAUCUGAACUUCUACCUUCUCAAACGUUGCUUGUAAAUGCGCUAUCCUUCUGUGCAAGAGUGAUCAAUUCCUACUGGGGCACCCAGCAAUGGAUUGAUUUGGCACGUUAUUCUGGGCUGCAGACUCGCAGCGUCGAAUCAUCUCCCGAUGCUUCCGAUUCGGUUGAAGUUUCUUCCAUCAAAUGCGAUAGCUCAGAUGAAACCAAUGUGAACGACGUUAAAAAUCAGUGAGCUUACAUUUUGAUUGCAUCUGUGAUACUUGUAUGUAAUUCAUGUGCUGAUGCCUAGAUCUAUAGAUGACUAAAGCAUGGCUUUCAAGAAAGCGAUUCUUUCCCUCCUAGUAUAUAAUUUUUUUGUAUGAUAUCACAGGAGAGUGGCAUGCUCACAUCACUGGAUAAAUUCAUAAAAUUAAUAUAGUUCCCACUGUUACAUAAUCAACAAA